UCAGCUCUGUUUUUGCUUAAUUCUUGUAAAUUAUCAAUAUUCAAGUGAGUCACUCCGUUGAUAAGGCAAGUUUAAAUAGAUCGUUCAGGAGGUAGUGGGUAUUCGUUCCGAUAUGGCACUGCGACUGUACUCCCUCAUACUCCUCUUCUUCUUAGGCGUUGAAGGGUUCAGGGUUGCCUUGGAUAGGAACUCAUAUGUUCCAUGGCAGAGUAGAAACUACCGGCCCCGGAGGAUGAGCACAACUUCCGAUUUCUCUUUUUCCUUCGACAAACGUGGUUUCUUUGGGAAGGUGACAUUCGACAUAGACGUAGUUCUGCCUCCUGAGCUGAUGGACAGAAACAUCACCAACAUCGACGUCAGGUUCGACCCAUCAGCUGACCUGGAUGGGAAGGUAUUUAUCACCCGGGGUGGCAUGGGGUACGACUACGCAACGUUGCAUUUCCAGUCCGAUGCCGACGUUGGAAGGAUGCAUGCCUAUGUCACGUUGGAUAGCAGAUGAAAUAACCAACGUACCGACAUUAUGUCCAAUUAUUGAUUAAUUUAUAUUAUUGUACAAAUGUAAAUAAUAAAUAUAUUUUAUAUAUAAAACCUGAUUACUUUUGGAAUCACUUCAUAAAAAUUAAAUUUCCAAAUUAUUAUCCCUGCGUCCCUAAGGUUCCCAUAAAAAAUAUUAGUGAGAUAAAACCCUCAGUAUAUCUUUAGGGAUGUGGCAAGGUAG